CAAAUGAUUCUACGCAUGGCAGCAAAAAUACAAACAAUGAGCUACAAUCUAUGGACUCGCGUGCACGUGUUCAAAUGCUCGUGACUUAGCUGAUUCUAUUUAUUCCAUUGGUGAAGGGAGCUAACGUUCACCUUCCCCGCCUCACUGCCUACCUGAUGUCCGAUGAGGGAAUUCACAUUUCCCCCAAACUAAGGGAAAACUUUGAAAGUCCCCUGACCACUCUGUCAGGAGGCAUUGAGGAGCAGCAGUUCAGCACCAAGGUUCAGGCCAUAAUGGAUACUCUGACUGACCAGCCAGUGGACACCCAGAAGAGUUCCACUAGUUAUUUUGGCUUCCCUUACUACCUACGCAUAGACCUACUCUGUGGAUCGAAGAAAUCUUCAAAGCGUGCCAUUCGGGAGGCCCUUCUGACAGGGUUGAUCCCAAAUGUGGUGCUGACUUUCCAGGAACCUGUUCACCCUACCCGCUUUAAACCGCAGAGGCUGCAAACCAUCCUCACCACAGCCCCUCUGCUGGACAGUGUGCCCUGUGACAGCAACCUGUGCCAGUUGGGUUGGUAUGCUCCCAUGCCCAUCCUGAAUGGAUCGGUAGUGUACAGGGUUCAAGUCGUGUCAAAUGGCCAGGGUCAACUGGUAUCUGAGAAGAGCUAUGCAGUGAAUGUUAAUGGCUAUGUGCGCCCUACUGACAGAGGGGACAAGGUGAUCUCUAUUGGUAUGGAGAUGCCAGCACUUGAGGAAGUUAUGGUUUUGGGCAGUCCCUCUCGUCCUUUGUGGAUGGUGGUGGAAAGCUCUCCCGUUCUCAUCCUCCCUGGCAUUCCUGGCUUUAAGGCUAUCCUGAUGACUGCCACUGAGUUCCAGCACACAUCCCUCAUCGAGGUGGGCAUUGAAAGCUGCUGGGCAGGCUCCCUGAACUGCCCACAAGCAGAAUUUUCCUCCAUGAUCCUGGAGGCCAUCUCUACAGAGAGCUCCCUGUUCAUCCGCCAAAACCAGCUCCUGCACCGCUUCGUGGGCAACUUUUCUCUGCUUCCGCUCACUGCCCCACCUUCAGAGGCGUGGCAGCACGUGCUGCGCUCAGUGUGUGUGUCCCGCAUGGUGCCCGUGUUCAUCUCCUACCAUGGCAGCGAGUACUUCUAUGUUCUAGGAGGAGGCUGGCAGAAAGGCACCCUCUACAGGGCCCAGGUCUAUGAUGGUGACGUGACAUUUACUCAGUUGCUAGACUCAAACAGCCGCACUGCUUGCGAGUUCAUGAAUAGUAAAGCCUGUGAGGUUAAAUGGGCAGCCCAGGAUUCUUCUCACAACCACCUGACUGACUUGGUUCUCAUCGAACUGCAAUCAGACAAAGAAGAAGCUCAGUCUUACCAGCUCCUCACAUUCGAUAAGAAUUUCCUCCUUUGUGAGACAUUCCCCAAGUACAUCCCAAAAGGCACCGGAGAGUCAUUCACCGUGGUGACCAACACUCAGGAGAACACCACGGUGACUCUGCAGCUGGCUGGGAUGGUGUUCAACCCCAUCAGUGGCAUCCUCUACAUCUGGGGAAACGCUUUGCUUUGCUCUCAAGACGUGGGUAAGAGCUUCCUGUUCUUUAAUGGCUUUCCUCUGGAUCAGAUGAUCAAAUAUUUUACUCUGUCCUUCUACGGGGAGUUUGCCUUCGUCACAGAGACCGAAGAGCUGUGGUGGGGACAGGAGGGCGUGGACCAGGUGAUGCGAGUGCGCCCUUCCCUGGGCUGGCAGGCCUUCUCUAGCCUGCAGGCUCUGAAGGGACACAGCUCCUAUUCCAUUAACCAAAGUCUGCUCACUGUCUUCUACGACUGGGACAAACAGUUACAGGAGGUGGUGUACAUAGUGGACUCUAACGGAAAGGGUUCUGUGGUGAAGAGGAGACUGCCGGUACCAGAGAUCCUUUCCUACGGCCACUUUUCCACCACCCCCCAUGACGUCCACCACUUUGAGUCGUUCAGUGCCUUUUCCUUCCCCCCCACCUGCCCCUUCUUCUGGGAGCACAUGGAAGACCUGCCUCACCCGGAGCCCCACAACCGCAUUCAGCUGUACUUGGCCCGCCCCCCCCUGGUGCACACAUCGUCUGGCCUCCAGACCACCGGCUCCCUGGCCACCUACCAGGCCCUGCUGCAACACCUGUUCCGUCUGCAUUCAGACUACAUCAUGGACAUUGGUGACCCUGUCCACAACCCAAUCUGGCGCUGGUGGAAGGACAAGCUUAUAUAUGCGGACUACUACUUUUACAUGGCCAGCAACGGGGUGACGUCCACGGGCUUCAACGUGGAGAUGGGGGGCUACUCCAGGCCCUAUCUGAGUUCAGAUAUCACCCUACCAGACAAGGUGUAUCUGGACCAGUUCUCCACCUUCUCCUUCUCCAUCUACAUUGCCUGCGGCUCUGCAAUACACCUCUCCAUGGAGAAGGAGCCAAGAGAGCUUAGUAACAUCAACUACAUCUGGCUGUCGGCUGAGGUGUCCGACAACUACUACAUCCACGUGUCUGCCACCAGGAAAGAGCUCUUCAACAGAGGAGCUGUGUUAUAUAAGGUGACGGUGGCAGACAGGGGGAUGUUUCCUGAUCAAGCGCUGGCGGGGGAAGGGCUCCUGUCUUUCAAUAUCCUGCUUCGGGUGAGCAGAUCAGAGAUGCAGUGCUACCAGCGGACAGACCAGGGGAUAGCUCUAAAUGGGCUACACAGAGUGCCAGUCUACAUCGGCUGCCCUCCUGGGAACCGCUUGGCGUUUGACAUUACCACCACCUUGGCGCAGUCUGCCCAAAACAACAAGCGCUACUUCAACUGUCCCAAACCCGACCCCAUUAUGCCUUGCUUCUACUACGAAGAUUUGUUCUAUCCUUUUUUCUUGAUCCAGGAUAUGGUCUCUGGAGAGUCUGGGAGAUUCCUGGGUAGUUAUACCUUUAAGGUGGUUGGCGGAGGAGCUUACUCGAAAGAUAACAUAUUCUUCUAUACUCCAGAGGAGGUACUGAUGUAUAACAGCCUCAACUACAGCUCCCAGAGGACACUGAUUUGGAUAUUUGAAGAUGGGGACAAAAAUAUCAACAUUACGGAGGAAGGAUUUGUUGUCAUGCAUGGCACCAGAAACGUGAUUCGGUGGGUUUGUCAACGGAACUCUCCCUGUGGCGACCUAGCAGUUCAGAGCGUUCAAGCACCCGACUAUUACUUUGUCAUUGAAGUCUCAAACAAGGGUAUAGAUUUGAGUACAUACUGUGACUAUGCCUUGCGGUUUAUACUUCAUGUACAUGGAUUCCCAUUGGAACCCACCAGAAGCCUGUUCUACAUGCUUAUGACUGUGGCUACUAUCAUAGGAAUCUUAUUCUUCUUUAUUGUGUAUAAAUGCGGUGGUCCAGGCUUGAAGAACCUGUUGAAGGCAGCCCGUAAGCACCGGGCCCGUAAGCACCAACGCCAUGUGGAGCACGAUUCUGGCAUCUCCCUGGCAACCAGUAUAGGAAAUGGAUAUCACAGAUCCAGCGAUUCCACAGUGGGUUUCGUCCUUACAUCCACUAAUUGAAAGGA